UUUAAAUCAUUUAGAAAUAAAGGUUUCUGUUCAGAGAACAAUAAUGGAGGCGACGAAGAGGGGGAGAGUUGGGAGCAAUCACGAAGCUUCACCGACGAAAUUGCCCUACCUUCCUCAAGAGGUAAUCACAGAAAUUCUCCUUCGAUCACAUGCUAGAUCAUUAGGGAGAUUCAGAUGCGUGUCAAAGCCUUUUCACUCUCUCUUAUCCGAUCCUAAGUUUGCGAAAAAGCAUCUCGAUCAUAACGCGGUACGAUUGGGCCACCGUAGACUUAUACUGUCUUCCAAUAAUCUAUUUGCAGUAGAUUUAGAUUCGAUCCGUGAUGGUUGUGAAGGUCUUAAAGAUUUGACUUCUGUGGAACUCGAUUACCCGCUUAAAGAAGAUGUAGAUUUCUUAUCUGAAGUAUAUAAGAAAGCUCAAUUGAAACUGAAUCCAGAUGGAACUUAUUCGUCAGGAAUAUAUAAAAAACGUUGGGUUUGUUUCUUUGGAUCUUCGAACGGGUUGGUGUGUAUGGCUAACAUCUUGAGUUUAAACGAUGUCUUCUUGUAUAACCCGACCACCGGAGAAUGCAAGAGAGUACCGGACUUACCUGAGUCUCUGAGUUCCAAAUCCAAUAAAACUUCGUUUAGUUAUGGAUUUGGUUUCGAUUCUCAAACCAAUGAUUACAAAGUGGUGAAGUUUAUGGAUGGUAACGACAAUUAUGUCUACUCGUUGAAGACAGAUUCUUGGAGACGAAUAUGCAAUAUGCCUUAUAAAGACGUUUGUUUUCUUACCUCUGUGGAACUCAACGGAGCUAUCCAUUGGAUUUCCAUACUUAGAGGAGGAGAAACUACUCCGAAAGUGGUUACGGCAUUUGACCUUACGACAGAGAAGUUCUGAGUUAUGUCAUUACCUGAUUUGGCCGAGGAAUGUAAGCAUAUCUUUCAGAGAUCCAAGGUCGGUAUUCUCAAAGGGCGACUUUGUGUGGUUUAUUUGUGCAUGAAGAUGCAUGAUGUUAUAUGGGUAAUGAACGAGUACGGCCGUG